GACAUCACUGUGACGUCAUGAUGUCAAUAAAACGUUCUGCUCAGCUGAUGUGGUCUUUAGUUUCUACAGAGAGAUCACUGAGAGAUUUGUUUCUGCAUGACGGAACGAUUUUCAAAAAUGAGGAGGAAUCACAAAGAGACACUUCAAGCUGCACAUGGGGAAAAUAGCAUGGGCACUACGGCAAAGCAGAACAUCCGCUCACCUGUCAUUAACACAACCAGAAAGAAAUCAAUCGACCCCAUAAAGACCAUAGAAGGAUUUGGACAAGGAGGUGAUGGACCUGCAGCAAAGAGCCCUGGGAAACCACAACUUCUUCCCAGAACGCCCAGAAUGGAUCCGAUUGGUCUUCCCCCAUUCAGAGCACUGAUGCGCAGGGAAAAGGUACGCGAAACAUCUGGCAACCCUCAGGCACAUGGGGAAAAUAGAAUGUGCACUGCGGCAAAGCAGAACAUCCGCUCACCUGUCAUUAACACAACCAGAAAAAAAUCAGUCGACCCCAUAAAGACCAUAAAAGUAUUUGGACAAGCAGGUGAUGGACCUGCAGCAAAGAGCCCUGGGAAACCAAAACUUCUUCCCAGAACACCAAGAAUGGAUCCGAUUGGUCUAACCCCAUUCAGAGCACUGAUGUGCAGGGAAAAGUUAAGCAAAACAUCCGGCAGUCCUCAGGUACUUACAGGUACUACAGAAGUAAAGAGUAAGUCUCUUGAGGCUACAAUUGAGGUAGAACCUCAAUUAAGAACCACGAUUACUGAUGCAGUCCUGGAUUGCAUAACCUCUACAUCAUUCAAGAAUCAGCUCACUCAGCGCAUUGUGGGUGAGAUUGAUGAUAUACUAGCAAAAGCCGUGUCCCAAGUUCAUGAGCAACAGCAUGCCUUGAGAUUCGGUACAGCAGGAGGUAAGAUAAACAACAUCUCCCAGGAACAACAAUCAAGCAACAAUGUUUUCAUGCUUGGCUUCAGUGAUUCUGUGGCAUCUGUGAUUGGUUAUGCACUGAUAGAAGUUAGAGAAGACGUGAAAAAAACUUUUAGUAGCCAGUCACACAAAUUUCAGACAGCCUCACCAACGGCAUGUGAUUCUGUAACAGAAAUAGUGGACAGUGUCUUUGAAGGCAUGCUUGAUUCCUUGAUUCCUCAACUGAAACCAGAUGUUUGCACUGAAAGGGAUCCUAGCAUGAUUGCUUCUCUUCAUAGUCAUGAGUUUGAUACCGUGUCUGAUAGUAUCCUUCCCAGCACUGACUCAGAUUUCAACCAGAGUCCAGUCCAUGAGCCAAGAGGAAGUGCUGAUGAGUCUAGUGUCACAGCUCAGGACAUUGAGACAUUUGACAUUGUGAAAGAGAGAGUUGACUCCCCAAGAAGAUCUACCAAAGUCCCGUUCUCCACAGUAUUUGACCAGUCUUCUGGACCUGAAGUUAAGGCCAAAGAUGAGGUUGAGGGCAUCUUGGCUGCUUCUGGAAGCAUGAGCCACCUUGAUGGCCCUCUGACUUCAAGAGUCAAAUCUGACUCCGAUUUGGAUACAAGCGUUCUUGAGCUCAUUGCUACUUCUGCAACAGAAAAUGUUGACCACAUGUCAAGAUUUGAUGAAGUAGCAAAAGAAGGACUUGUGGCUAAAUCAGAUGUUGAGCUUGAGCAAAUCAUGGCUGCUCCUUCUGAGGAAAACACUCCUUCUGACAUUACUUCCCAAAGCCUUCAGCUGAUUGGACACCAGGAAUGUGCUAGCCCUAUCCCUUCAUCACCUUCUAGUGAUAAGCCAGCCUCCCCAAGAGGAUCUGCCAGGAGAAGUGCACGUCCUAUAAAAGCCAGCUCUUUGCCAAACAUAUUCUCUGAUAAAGAAGAUGGCAUCUUUGAACAGUCUCACCAAAAGGUAGAGAGUGAUGGCAGGCGUAGACUUUCUCUGACUGGCAUGGAAAUGGGUUCUUCUGGAAGCAGAGGUGGUCCUGAUGGCCCUCUGACUUCAAGAGUCAAAUCUGACUCCGAUUUGGAUACAAACGUUCUUGAGCUCACUGCUACUUCUGCAACAGAAAAUGUUGACCACAUGUCAAGAUCCGAUGAAGUAGCAGAAGAAGGACUUGUUGAUAAAUUAGAUGUUGAGCUUGAGCAAAUCAUGGCUGCUACUUCUGAGGAAAACACUCCUUCUGACAUUACUUCCCAAAGCCUUGAGCUGAUUGGACACCAGGAAUGUGCUAGCCCUGUCCCUUCAUCACCUUCUGGUGAUAAGCCAGCCUCCCCAAGAGGAUCUGCCCGGAGAAGUGCACGUCCUAUAAAACCCAGCUCUUUGCCAAACAUAUUCUCUGAUAAAGAAGAUGGCAUCUUUGAGCAGUCUCACCAAAAGGUAGAGAGUGAUGGCAAGAGUAGACUUUCUCAGACUGGCAUGGAAAUGGGUUCUUCUGGAAGCAGAAGCGGCCUUGAUGAGCUUCUGACUUCAAGAGUCAAAUCUGCCUUUGAUUUGGAUACAAGCGUUCUUGAGCUCACUGCUACUUCUGCAACAGAAAAUGUUGACCACAUGUCAAGAUCUGAUGAAGUAGCAGAAGAAGGGCUUGUGGCUAAAUCAGAUGUUGAGUUUGAGCAAAUCAUGGCUGCUACUUCUGCAACAGAAAAUGUUGACCACAUGUCAAGAUUUGAUGAAGUAGCAGAAGAAGGACUUGUUGCUAAAUCAGAUGUUGAGCUUGAGCAAAUCAUGGCUGCUCCUUCUGAGGAAAACACUCCUUCUGACAUUACUUCCCAAAGCUUUGAGCUGAUUGGACACCAGGAAUGUGCUAGCCCUGUCCCUUCACCACCUCCUAGUGAUAAGCCAGCCUCCCCAAGAGGAUCUGCCAGGAGAAGUGCACGUCCUUUUUGGCAAAAAUAUUCUCUGAUAAGGAAGAUGGCAUCUUUGACCAAAAAGUAGAGUGAUGGUUAGCGUAGAUAUUCUCUGACUGGCAUGGAAAUGGGUUCUUCUGGAAGCAGAAGUGGCCUUGAUGAGCCUCAGAUCAUCUGAAACAACCGAUGUUGAAGAAGCUGCAGCAAAAUCAGCUGGAUACAAAGCAGUACUAUGUUGAAAUUAUUCUGACGUAUUAAAUCAUUGCAAAUAAAUGAACCAUCCAUUCA